AUGGAGAAAAUCAACCACAGCGAUACGUCUAUGGACUUUGACAACCCUAAAGGCCACAAAGCUGAACUCGAGACUUCGUCUAACACCCAGACGUCGUUGGAUGAUGGCCCUCAUUUCGAUGCCGCAAGGACCAAGAAACUUCUUCGCAAGUUGGACUGGCAUCUUGUUCCUUUCCUCUCCUUGCUCUAUCUCCUUUCCUUCCUGGAUCGUACCAACAUCGGAAAUGCAAAGCUCUUCAACCUCCUCCCGGAUUUGAAUAUUCCCACGAAGUCACUCCAAUACAACAAUGCCUUGGCCAUUUUUUUCCCCUUUUACGUGGCUGCUGAGAUCCCAUCCAACAUGAUGAUGAAGCGUCUGCGCCCCAGUCUUUGGCUCACAAUUAUCAUGAUUGCUUGGGCUAUUUGCACCAUCGCAAUGGGCUUUGUCCACAACUACGCUGGACUCAUGGCUUGCCGUGUCUUCUUGGGUAUUGCUGAAGGUGGAUUGUUCCCCGGUGUUACGUAUUACAUUACUAUGUGGUAUGCUCGUCACGAAUGUGGUCUCCGCAUGGCAUUGUUCUUCUCAGCUGCCACUGCUGCAGGUGCAUUCGGUGGCCUCCUCGCUUUUGGUAUCGGCAAGAUGGAUGGCGUUGGUGGUCGUGGUGGAUGGUCAUGGAUUUUCAUUUUGGAGGGUGUUGCCACUCUGCUCGUCGCCUUCGUUGCAUACUGGGCUAUCAACGACUACCCCCGCACCGCCAAGUUCCUUUCUGAGGAGGAACGUACCGAAGUUGAACGUCGUUUGAAGGCCGAUCGCAGCUCUCUCGCUGAUGAGUUCAACUUGAAGUACGCAGUCGAUGCUUUGAAGGACUGGAAGAUCUACGUACAUAUGUUCAUUACCAUCGGCAUCUACACCCCUCUGUACUCCAUCUCUCUUUUCUUGCCAACUAUCGUCAAGAACAUGGGUUACUCCAAUGAACACAGUCAGCUCAUGACCGUUCCCCCAUACGUGGUCGCUUGUAUUUUCACCAUUGGCACUGGCUUCUUUGCCGACCGAGCGAAGCAACGUGGUGUGUUCAUGCUCGCCCAUGAGGCCUCCGCUAUCCUCGGUUUCGCUAUGCUUGCCAGUUCCGGUAAGCCCGGUGUCCAAUACACAGGUACCUUCUUCGCUGCAUCCGGAAUCUAUCCUUUGGUCCCCAUGGGUGUUGCAUGGAACGGCAACAACAUCGGUGGCAGUUUGAAGCGUGGUGUCGGUAUUGCCAUGCACGUCGGUUUUGGUAACUUGGGUGGCGCCAUCUCGGCCUACUGUUUCUUGCCCAAAUACUCUCCACGUUUCAUCCCUGGUCAUGUUACACUUGCAUCAACAGUCUCUAUGUCCUUCCUCCUCACAUGCUUCAUGACCAUCUACCUCCGCCGCGAGAACGCCCGUCGCAACCAGUGGGCCAUCGACAACAACCGCCAGCCAGAGAUGUACACCGAGGAAGAGAAGCACGCCGAGCGCGAGAGAGGUGACAAUGCGACGUUCUAUCGCUACACCGUUUAG